CGAUUACUCGAUAGAUCGAUCUCAGGUAACAUUUCUACUCAUUAAUGACACAAAAAAUAAAUUCUUGUUUAGCCAAUAUGGCGUCUCCUCUGUUAUGAGAUGACAACAGCGCAGUUUGUGUCCUAUUUGUCAUUAUUGAUGUUGAAUUUAACUCUAUUUAUCUACCUCAGUAUGUUCAAAGAAAGUAGUUAGUUGAUUUGGAAGCUAUGAUUAUUUGACACGGGCUCAGUGGAUUGAUUAAGUUAAAAACAGUGAUCGUGGGAAAAGUCUAUCGCCCCUGGAAAAAUGGCGGUUGUGUUAUCUUUAUGGGCUGUGUUUUCGUUUAAUUAGAUCUGUUUAAGAUUAAGCUGCUUCAUCAAAUCUUAAAAUUUCAUAGCAAAUACAUUGCGAGUAAACGAACGAAAUGUGCUAUUUGCUUUGACAUUUGACAAGCACAUAGUUCAGCGAGUUGGUGCAAGUGUCAUCGUUUUUGAUGAAAUUAUUAGAAUGUCUCGCUGGGGUAGAGGUAGAGGCGGCAGCGUGGCUGUGCCGCUUGAUAGUGCCCUAUUUAGAGAGAACAGCAACUGUCCUACCGCGGCUCGUUCUGCAGGUACAGUUGGAAAGUGGGGUAUUACCAGCUUUACGUCAAUCCGAAGCGCGCCUUACGCAUACUCUAGCAAUGUUCUUAAGAAGCCAGUUCAAGAUCAAAAUAGCCCCUUAACAGUACCAGCCGUUGAGGCAGAACAACCUCCACCGAAGCCCAAAAAAUUCUUUAAAUCCCGAAAUGCAGAACUAUAUCCUCCAGUUCCUCAAAUUACUUAUGCACCACCAGUACCUGCAGCACCUCUAUCACCAGAACAUCCUUCUCAUAGUAAAGAGAAAAAACCAAAAAGAAGGACACAUACAAGAGAUUCGUCCUCUCCAGAAAUACCUUGGAGAAGUUCUGAAAAGAACAAAACGAAGAAAAGCACAGUUGCAACUAAGGCAGCCAAAAAAGAGGAUGUCCCUGCUGAAAAUGCUCAACCACCCAAUAAACGUUACUUAGUCCGUAAUAGGAAUAAGGUGAUAAAUUAUGCUGAAGACGGCAGUAAUAGUCCCAUACCAGAAUUUACAAGUCGAUAUGAACCUCUACAUGUGAAAGCUUCAUCACCAAAAAUACCAACACCAUUGGCAAGUCCAUCAUUAGAAAAUCAAACGCUUGUAAAAGCAGAAGUAUCAAGUCCUUCGACAAGUAAAGAUGCUAAUGAGGAACGUAAGCCACCUCCUAUUGUGCUAAGAAUAUCUAAAGGAACGUCCCGAAUUGUCAGCACAGAUUCAAAUGAAGGCUUUACAUCUCCAAAUUCUGACAGACAUUCAUCUUUGGACAUGCAUUCAGAUGUUGGCUUUGAUCACAAAAAGAGUCCAUCUGUUGAGACAAUAUGUUCACCAAAACAAGAAAGCCUUAAAAUUACAAUAAAAUGCCCAGGCAUAAAUCAUGAAAAUAAGAAAGAAAAGAAAAAAGAAAAAAAGGACCACAAAUCUCACAAAAGACAUCAUCAUAAAAGUUUUGAUGAAGAACUUGCAAAGAAACCGGCCUCACCACAAUCUGGUUUGGAUGUUUAUGAUCUCUACAAAACUCUGGCAUCACCUCCAUAUGAUAAUGAAAAGGUCUUUGGAAGUAAACAAACAACUAAAGAUGAAAUUGAAUCACGUCUUUCUAAGCUUGAUGGCUUAGAACCACCCAUAAAAUCACCUAGGUUAGAAGUGCAACCGAAUGAAACACCACCUGAACCAAAACCACCAGAAAAUACAGGAAGAUCAAGAAGAAAUCGACCCAAUAUAAACUAUAGUGAAAAUGAUGAUUACUUAGAUGUAAUUACUACUGGUUAUACUAGCAAACAAACAAUUAAAACAGUAAGUGACCUCAAAAAAGAAGGACGUAAAACUAGAAGGAAACAAGAAGCAACAAUUGAAAAUUCUUUAGUCACUGCUACAGACCCUGGUAGUGAAACUGAAAAGAAAGAAAGCCCUCCAGAGAAUACAAAAUUGGUAGAAAUGUUUUCAAAUAGCGCAGAGAAUAAACCAGUUAUUGAGACAUACAAAAAGCCACACAAAAAGCAAAAACAUAAGCAAAUAAAAUAUUCUAGCCCUGAAGAGGAGAUAGACAUGACUCUACAGAAAAACUCACAGGAACAACACAACAACAGUGAUAAAGAAUCAAAACUAGAUGACUUACCACUGAACAGCUUAGUUCAAAUGUCAAAUUCACAUGACACUCAAGGUUUUCCUCAAGCAAAUACCCAGUCUUCAGACUCUGCUUACAACAGUUGCCCUAAUGAUAAUUCAGAAGAAGAAAUACAAAGGAAUUCACAAGAAGAUGUCUUCAAAUCUCCAAGGGGCUUAGGCGAAUCAGAAGAGCAUUUAGAAGAUAAACCAAGUGUAAAAUUGGUAAUAACUAAAAAGAAAGGCUCAAUAUUUAAAAGUAAGUCAUUAGUAAAUGACAAUCCAUCACCAUUGCCUGCUAGGAAGAGACGUCAUUUGUAUAGACAUGAAUGGGCCAAUGAUAAAGGAAGUGAAACUCCAAGGCCUGAGCCAUCGGAAAAUUCUGAGGUCAGAAAUCCAGUAGCACCAGUGACUGAAGAACUGACCAGGGUCACUAGGUACAGAGCCGCUGAUCCCAUUGUAGAUGACAUUGAGUCCACUAAUGAUGGUUUUAAACCAUAUACUAGUGUAAAAUGUAAUAAGGAAGCUAAAGAAUAUUACACUGUAGUCAGAAAUGUCAAGAAAGCACAUCAGAUACAGGAAAUUGGAGAAUUCCAAGAAUUUAAUGAUGAUGUUGAAUACCUUCUGGAUGCAUUACAGGACAACAAUCCAAUGUCAACAAGGUGUCUAUCAACGAUAACAUUGGCGAGCAAAUGUACGGCACCGGCAUUCCGCAUGCACCUGCGGGCCCACGGUACUGUGCAGAAGUUCUUCAGUGCACUUCACGACGCCACAAAUGACCAGAGUCUGGGUCUGUGCACUGCCACAGUCAUGUUUGUGUUAUCCCAAGAUCGUCUCAACAUGGACUUAGAUCGAGAAUCACUUGAGCUUAUGUUAAACUUGUUAGAAUCCGACGCUUCACAUAAGAAUGCUCUCGAUGAUUGUGGUUUAACAUCGACACAAUUAGCCAAAACACAAGAGCGUGUAAGGGAAUUAUGUGCUGAGAUAAAAAGCCAAGGGAAAGCUCAACAUUUAGAUUUGGAUAACAUUACGGUUGGUCAUUUAGCAAUGGAAACGCUUCUUUCACUGACGUCGAAACGCGCUGGUGAAUGGUUCAAAGAAGAAUUGAGAGUUUUGGGUGGCGUUGAUCAUAUUGUGCGUACUAUCCAGGACUGCGCUAAUAAACUCGACAUGCCGACAUCUUCAUGGACUAAUGAACAAAUUGAAGUGCUAAGGAAAGCAGAUAGAUGUAUGCGGGUUUUGGAGAAUGUGACACAACAAAACGAAGAGAACCAAAUACAUCUGGUACGCGAGGGCGGCGGCGCGGCGCGGACAUUGGCGGCGUUGCUGCGGCGCUGCGCGGCCGAGGCGCGGCGCGACGUGGAGCGACGCCUGCCGCUGCUCGACGCCGCGCUGCCGGCACUCAAAGUACUAGUCAACCUCUCGCACUCGUUCGGUAACACAGCAUCAGUCGGAGCUCAAGUAGUAGGUGAACAACCAUCAGUCAUGGAAAUCUGCCUCAUCAUUCUCAACAAUCAAGGAAAUUUUAUACCUGAUAACAGGAACUUCGAAUUUAGUGUUUGUGUCCUUUUACUGCUAAUCAAUUUAGUACAAAACAAUGAGACGAACACGCAACGCUUACUGAAUGUGCGGAUCCGUGUUGAUAAUGAAGAUGACAUUAUAUCCCGAAGCGUGUCGGCGCUCGACCUUAUUGUCGAUUUGUUCUACAAGCGAGAAGAUCUGGCGAGGCGAGCAGAAGAAAACACGGAUGCUUUGUUAGAUGGUGAAAAGGAACCUGAAUCUGACACAGAAAAGAAGAAGCAAUCCCAAGAUGACAUUGACGAGACUGUAGCAAAAUUGUUGUCCCGCGCCGGCACGCACAUGGAGCAUACGAUGGUCGGCGCGUACAUCGGGCUGCUGGUGGGGCACAUGGCCGUGCUGUCCCCCGAGCAUGCGGCCGCGCUGCGCCAGCGCGUGCCCGACUACGCGCCUCUGCUGCCCACGCUGCGCAAAUACUACGCCUUCCUCUCCCUCACUGCGAGCGGGGAAGCAGCGAUCGUCGCUCACGUCAAGUCCACGCAGCGCAUCAUCGAGUUCAUGGAGACGAGCGACAAGGUCUAUUUGUCGCCAUCCGACGUGCCGCAGGACAUGUCGCUCAACACCCUCACGUACUCGAACCACAACUACGGCGCUGGGUCUGACAGAAUUUCGUCCAUGGAACUCGACGGGUACCACUGAAACACGAACGUGCUACUCUGAGAUCGUAUGCCGUGGAAGUACAAUGUCAAUUCUCGAUAUGUCGGGAGGCUUCUUUUGUAAAAUUGACUGCAUUAUAAGUUUUUUCUUAGUGAUAUUUUAUUAUCUCAUUUCAAAAACAGUUUACUUGGAAAAAUGUCGCUUAUCCAUAUAAUCUAGGAUGACUUUUCAAAAAGACCAGUUUUUACAAAAUGUACAAAGUCGAAUGUUCAGAAACGUGUCAAUUUUAAGAAAAUAAUUCGUGUUUGUGCCCUUGCAAUGAGAAAAAAAUAAAUAGCGUACGCCUUUUGUAAUAUAUCGAUGAUCAUAUCGUAACCUAAAUAUUCGUGAGCAAUAAUUAAUUGAGAAAGAGCGUGUAAAUUUUAUGUAAAAAAAAAAGAAUCAAAUUGUGUUGUAACAGUUUUAAAGUAUAUUUUAUUAAUAUAUAUAUUAUUUACGUUACUAAGUUAAAGAAAUUGUCUCCGUAUAUUUUUUUUUAGUGAUAUGCGAUCAACGAACCAUUCGCAUAAUUGUUAGUCGUAAAUCGUUGUUGAACUAUAAAUAUGGCAUGGCAGCGCUAACGGUUGCGUCGCUGAUUUUUUGGACAAGCUUAAGGCCAAUUAUAUUUGAUGAGCAAGCGUAACUGAUAAGACUUGUAAAUAUAAUAAGUUUAUUCAUAGCUAUUGUAUAUUGUCACACUUUAGAAGACACGCCAAAUGAUAGCAUUACGUGUGGCGUUUGUCUCGGCACAGUAGUAGAUAAUUCGGUCUCUUGUAUGAAUACUUCCUUCUUCUAAAUCUAAGAAAAUGUAAAUAAUAGAUUAUUAAGAUGUUUGCGUUGGAUAUGGGUUAUGAAGUCUUAAUAAAAUUGAGAUAUUCCGAGUUUAAGCCACCAAGAUGGCAAUAUUAAAAGUGCAAAAAUUAUAUAGUCGUGUUAAGUAUAUAUAGUAAAAAUACCAUAUUCUUUUAUGUGAAUAUUGUGUCUGCACUUUUUGUACUAUACUGUGAGUGGAUUUUACAAAAUUUACUAGACUAUUGUUGUAUCGAGGCACAAUUGAUGAUUGUAUAUAAAAUUAGCUAGUAUCGACAGUUAUGACCUGUGGAUUGAACUAACGCAAGAGUGAAACAUUAUUAUAGGUUGACUUGAUAAAGAGUAGCGGUUAGCGAGUCUUACUAAAAUGAACAUGAUCAAAGUAAAUAUGAAAUUUUAGUAAGUUACGCUUUCUUACAUUAGAACGAAUAAAAUGUACAAACGUACAGAGACACUAACUUGGUUAGUUGCCGGCUAACGAGAGAGUAAAUACUUAGGAUUAUAUAUAUACAGAAUAGUAAUUUAUGAUGUUGGAAUUUUAAAACGAUAGUUGUUAGAUUUUGACGGCGGAUGUUGCGUAUGUUUUCUUACAGAUUUGGCGAGAGACUUUGUUACGACUCGACUGAUUGUUCGUUUAGGGUACAUUUAUGUUUUCGAUUGUAACGAUGAGGCACGCUCUUUACUUAAUUUUUCAUAUAUAUAUAUUUUUUUGAAUCAUGCAUGUAUAUUAAUUAACGUUAAUAUAAGUGUCGAUAUAUUUCAUUGCGAUACACAUUAAAUCCUCUGUAUGAAUUAUAGACUUUAAAUUGCCAUAGCUUCUUUAGCUCUUGAAAAGAAUUUUUGAUAACUUUUCGGAACUGUUCUUAAUUAUUUUUUUUACACCGACGUUUAUCUUAUUUUAACUGGUUUGUGAAGCCGAUAGAUAGAGCCAUGCAUGAUACUGCCUUGGGGACUGGAAUCUUGCCUGAAAUUGAUUAGGAUGGCGAUUAUCCAGUACCUAACUCCCUUAGGCUUCCGUUAGUCGCGUCAGUAGACCGUCGAAAAUAAUCUAAAUACUAUAGCUACUACUACGGAUGAGUAUUAGGGUAGUAAUAGUAUUAAUUGGUAGAAGCAGCAAGGCCGGGGUCGCUCGAGUUUUUAUAACGUCGUUAGUAGCUAAUAACUCUAAAAUUAAAUUAUUUUUGUAUUUGAAUGUGUUAAAAGUUUAAUGUUUCGAUGUCUCCAAUGAACACUACUCUAACUCAAAAUUGUGAAAUUUUAGUUUUCCAUGCAAAUCGCUUCACUAUGUUAAAAGUAUUACAAUUAAUCAUUAUUGAUGGGGUUCGAAGCAAGAGUAAAUCAGCUAGCUACACAAAAAAAAACAUAAAUAUAUCUGCAAUAAUAAAGAUUUUAUCAACUUUUUUCGUUUAAACGCUCCUCCUGUAAAUCUACGAAUUUGGAGUUAGCGUAGUGUUCAUUGGAGGCAUCGGUUUAUGCAAUGACUAGAUUCAGUUCCGAAAUUGUUUGAAUUGUGAAUAUAUAUACUUGUGCGUUUCAUUCUAGCCUCAUCGUACAGAAAUCACCAAGCUAAGACUACAUAACGUUACCGUAUUUAUAUUAAUUUCAGACAGCUUUACUUAUUUUUAAGGUUUUACUUUGAAUUAAAUUGUGUAAUAACAUUUAAAUGAGUAACGAUAUUUAUAGUUUCGACUUCAAUCAUUUUAAAAUAAAAGACUACUACAUGCAUGUCUCAUGACUUCUUUGUACAGCUUAUAUUCAUUUUGCUUAAAUUAUAUUUACGUAAUUUAUUGAUCUACAUUAAUACUAUGGAUUGUUUAAGCGUAGCAAGAUGCAUUUCGUUGUGAAAUUUCACUUAUUAUAAUACUUGUGUUUUAUAAAUACCCCUACAUGCCUAUUAUAUUAUUUUGUUUUAGACUUCAUCACUGGGUUUGAUAUCUUGAGAAAUUAUAAUUGUAUAUGUAAUUUGUAAUUAUGUUAUAAAGUAUUACGUGUAAUUAUUAAAAGAAGACAAUUUAAAAAGAAA